CACGCGCACCGGCCCCUCUCUCCGCAGCCCCCAAAUGAUAUUCCCCCACCCAACCCUCCCAUUCUCUCGCUCUCUCUUGCCCUAGCGCGACCCAUCUCCUCUUUCGAUCGCCCCUGUCCUCUUGAGCCGGCUCUUCUUGAUUCCGAGCGUGCAGCUGGAGAUCCGGCGCUGGUAGGGACUGGGUUGUGGUCUGUGGAUGGAGAUGUGAAGGAUUCCAGGAUCAGGAGUGGUAUAAAGAUGAGAGAAGCUGGUCCUUUACAUGAUAGAAUGAUAGAUAGAAAUUGGGUAUUGAAGCGCAAGAGAAAGCGAGUUGCAUACAGAUCUGAGUUAUCAAGGAAAGAGGAUCCGUCUCUGCCAUUAGAGACCCCAAGGAACUAUCCUUCUGCUAAGCGGAAGUUGAAAGGCGAUGUCAGUGUUACUCGAUUUUCUAACAAGAUAAAAGGACAUGAUGGGUAUUAUUUUGAAUGUGUAGAGUGUGAUCUUGGUGGCAAUUUGCUUUGCUGUGAUAGUUGUCCUCGUACCUAUCACCUAAAGUGUCUAAAUCCACCCCUCAAGCGCACGCCGCCUGGAAAAUGGCAAUGCCCAAAUUGUUGUGGGCAGAAAGAAUUUGUCGACCCAUCAAGAAAUGCAGAAGCUAGUUCAAGGAAAGCUAGAACUAAGGGCAUUUUUGAAAAACUUAAUCAUUUGCAUAGAUCUUCAUCCGACCGUGUGCUGGCCACUGGGAAGAGCUCAGUUCAUGAUCGCAGAUUUAGUAAAAAAAAUAAAGCUACUAUAUGUUGUAGGGUUCCUUCUGUUGAAAAGAAACCAGAUGCCUCUGAACUUGAUGUAUCUUGCAGCACGAAAUCAAGUAACUCAAGUGAUGGUGGAUCAAUCAAUGGCAAUGUAACACCAUCAGAUGAUAAAGCCCAGAAUCAAACCGGCACAUCUUGUGAUUUGGAUAGCAAUUCGAAAAAGGGAAUUCAUUCUUCUGUUAAACUUUUGGAUGAUGCUGAGGUAUCUCCUGAAGCAAUUUUGAAUGAAGUGCAAGCAAAGAAAUCUAUUGUUAGAUUAGACACUCCUACUGAAAGGUCGAAGAAAAAUAGGCGGAAGCGUAAGUUAAGCAAGAGAGACAAGAAGGGGAUUCUAACUGAAAAAGUAAAGCUAGUUGCACAAAUUGGUUCUACCAACGCAUCUAAUGAAAGUUCUGAUCCUGAGCCUAGGGCGUUGCCUCAAAAGAGAAAAUCAGUUACUCAGUCUACACCUAUCUCAAAGGAGAAACAAAAACUGCGAAAGCUUUCCAAUAAAAAACGGAGGGAGAGGUCCCCUGAGAAAGUUUCUCCCAUAUCUGAUCAGUUGCGUGAACGAGGACAUGAUGCAGAUAAGACUGUCAAGUUCCAUGAUGACCUCCAGGAUUCAACUCAACAGGUAGAUCGGAUUCUGGGAUGCAGAAUUCAGAGAAGCAGUAAGGUCUCAGCAUAUUCUCAACUGGACAAGUUUUCUGGUUCCGCACAAACUAAGUCAGGAAUCAAUUUGGUAAAACUUCCUAUUGAAUCAGUGUCCAGUGGCAUCAAUCCUGGCAAUGGGGAGAAGGAUUCUGGUGUCAAAAUAUGUAAAACUGUAGAAUGUUUUGAAGAAUCUGAAGCCAUCAAAACAAUAGAAUCUUCCAGAGAUCAAUCCAUGGCUUUAAAAGAUUCCAAAAUUCUUGAUGACUGUGCAGUAAAUGCGGUCGAAAAUGAUAAAAAGGCGAAAGAUGAAUCCUUGGAAGAGAAUGCCACUGGUGAACUGCUUACCUCAGCCAGUCAUGCUGAUUGUUCCAAACAGGAGUCUCCUCAUGUACCUUCCAGUUGUGAUUCUGAAGGUGUUCACUGUGCAAGUCUAGAUGCUCAACCUGAUAGCAGUGUUGACAAUGGAAUUCAAUUAAAAACUGCUGAGGAUCCAAAGCCUAUAGAUGAAGAUACUGCUGUAUAUGAAUUUUUGGUCAAAUGGAUGGGUCAAUCCAACAUUCAUAACAGUUGGGUUUCUGAAUCUCAACUAAAAAAUCUAGCAAAGAGGAAAUUAGAAAAUUACAAGGCCAAGUAUGGAACUGCUUUGAUAAAUAUUUGUGAGGAGCAAUGGAGGAUCCCACAGCGAGUUAUUUCUCUCCGAGUUACAGAGGAUGGUAUUGAUGAAGCUUUGAUAAAAUGGUAUGGUCUUCCUUAUGAUGAAUGUACGUGGGAAAGACUAGAUGAACCUGUGAUUGAAAAGUCUGCUCAUUUGAUUGAUGAAUAUAAACAAUUUGAGUCCCAGGCUAUGGAGAAGGAUCUUAAAGAUGACAUUUGUAGAGCCAAAGAUGAUUUUCGUGAAGUAGUUGCUCUGGUGGAUCAGCCAAAGGAGCUUCAAGGUGGCUCGUUGUUUUCACAUCAGUUAGAAGCAUUAAAUUGGUUGCGGAAGUGCUGGCAUAGAUCUAAAAAUGUGAUUCUUGCUGAUGAAAUGGGAUUGGGGAAGACUGUAUCCGCAUGUGCUUUCAUAUCAUCUUUGUGUGUAGAGUUUAAAGCAAAGUUGCCAUGCUUAGUUCUGGUUCCUCUGUCAACGAUGCCCAACUGGAUGGCAGAAUUUACAUCAUGGACUCCUCAUCUAAAUGUUGUGGAAUAUCAUGGAGGCGCAAAAGCGAGAGCCAUGAUUCGUCAAUAUGAAUGGCAUGCUUGUGGCCCAGAGGGAUCACAUACAAAAAGUGCAUCAUACAAAUUUAAUGUUCUCUUAACUACUUAUGAGAUGGUGCUUGCUGACUCCUCUCAUCUGCGCAGUGUUUCUUGGGAGGCUCUCAUUGUUGAUGAAGGCCAUCGUUUGAAGAAUUCUAGUAGCAAACUUUUUAGUCUUCUGAACACAUUUUCCUUUCAACAUCGUGUGCUAUUGACUGGCACCCCGCUGCAGAACAACAUAGGGGAGAUGUAUAAUCUCCUGCACUUUUUGCAACCUGUUUCAUUUUCUUCUCUUUCAGCAUUUGAAGAGAAGUUUAAUGACCUUUCUAAUGCUGAAAAAGUUGAAGAACUCAAAAAAUUGGUUGCGCCUCAUAUGCUUCGAAGGCUUAAAAAAGAUGCCAUGAAAAAUAUUCCUCCAAAAACUGAGCGUAUUGUACCAGUUGAGUUGUCAUCCAUACAGGCAGAAUAUUAUCGAGCUAUGCUUACAAAGAAUUAUCAAAUUUUACGUAAUAUAGGAAAAGGGGGUGUACACCAGUCCAUGCUAAAUAUUGUUAUGCAACUCCGGAAGGUCUGCAAUCAUCCUUAUCUUAUACCAGGAACUGAACCAGAAUCUGGUUCUACAGACUUCCUUCAGGAAAUGCGUAUAAAGGCAUCAGGGAAAUUGACUCUCUUACAUUCAAUGCUUAAGAUUUUAAACAAGGAAGGUCAUCGUGUUCUUAUUUUCUCUCAGAUGACAAAACUUCUUGAUAUCCUUGAGGAUUAUCUGACUAUAGAAUAUGGCUCUAAAACUUUUGAAAGGGUUGAUGGCUCAGUGUCAGUUGCAGAUCGUCAAGCAGCCAUUGCCCGUUUCAAUCAGGAUAAGUCUAGAUUUGUGUUUCUACUAUCAACACGAUCUUGUGGCCUUGGGAUAAAUUUAGCUACUGCUGAUACUGUCAUUAUAUAUGAUUCUGACUUUAACCCUCAUGCUGAUAUUCAAGCUAUGAAUAGAGCACAUAGAAUUGGGCAGUCCAGUCGACUUCUAGUUUACCGACUUGUAGUUCGUGCUAGUGUUGAAGAGCGUAUCUUGCAACUUGCGAAGAAGAAAUUGAUGCUUGAUCAACUUUUUGUGAAUAAGUCUGAAUCUCAAAAGGAAGUGGAAGAUAUACUUCGUUGGGGGACUGAGGAACUUUUCAAGGAAUCUGAUGAUGUGACUGGUAAAGAUACAAAAGAUACUUCAAGUACCAUAACUGAUAUCGUUGUAGAUGGGGAGGUUAAACAUAGGAGGAGGGUUGGUGGCCUUGGAGAUGUAUACCAGGAUAAAUGCACUGAUGGGCCCUCAAAGAUUGUGUGGGAUGAGAAUGCAAUACUGAAAUUGCUUGAUCGUUCUAACCUCCAGUCAGGGGCCUCUGAAAGCCCUGAGGGGGAUUUAGAGAAUGAUAUGCUUGGAUCAGUUAAGUCACUUGAAUGGAAUGACGACUCAAAUGAAGAUCUGGCGGGAACUGAUUCGUCUCCUAAUAUAGUUGGUGAUGGAUCUGAACACACCCCUGAAAUCAAGGAGGAUAAUGUAGCUAGUGUCACAGAGGAAAAUGAAUGGGAUCGACUGUUGCGUGUGAGGUGGGAAAAAUAUCAGACUGAGGAGGAAGCUACACUUGGCCGGGGCAAGCGCUUGAGAAAAGCAGUUUCUUACAAGGAGACAUUUGCUACAAUACCUAGUGAAGCUUUAAGUGAGAGUGGUAAUGAGGAUGAAGAGCCAGAACCAGAAUACACACCUGCUGGUCGAGCGCACAAAGAAAAAUAUGUUAAGUUGCGUGCUAGGCAGAAGGAACGGUUAGCUCGGAGGCGCAUAAUAGAGAUACCUUUUCCGACCGAAGGGCUUGAUUCACAUAUGCAAUUGCAGAUUCCCAACUUAAAGGAAACAGAGAGUGCUUGUCCAAGAAAAACUAUGAAUGAUACAACACCAAGUUGUUCUCACAUUAAUGAUCGAGAAACAUCAACAAGCCAUCCAGUUGAAGAUAAAGAUAGAAUGGCGAGACAAGGGAAGUCUUUGAAGCAUGGAAUCAAAAGAUUCCAAAACACUCUUCUAGAUCUUUCUGUUAGACCUCCCGGAUCUUUCCCUCAUGAUGUUGCCUUGCCAAACCUCCAGUCCAAGAAUGCUGGUUACCCAUCUACAGUGCCUCCUAGCAAUAAUUUGCCUGUUUUAGGACUUUGUGCUCCCAAUGCUACUCAGGCAGAAUCAGCUUCUCGGAAGUUUCAGUCUUUCCUCAGCCUUCCAUCAUCAUCAUCACAUAAUGAGCACCGAGGAACAAGCGCUGGAAUGGCAGACUUUCCAAUUCCCCCAACUUCUUGUUCUGGACCUUCAAAUAUGAACAUCAAAGAUGCACAGCAGAUACUUCCAGAAACAUCUGGGGAGGUUUUGCGUUCAUCCUUGAAGCAUAUUUUAUCUGACAGCUAUAUACCUUUUUGCCAUGGCCCCCCUCCAGCUUCGAAAGGAAGUGGCCAUGAUCCUCAUGAUUGUUCCAGUUCUUCUUUUGCUGCUUUCCGGGAGAAAAUGUGUCUUCCUAGUUUAGGUCUUGACAGUAGGUCGCCCCCACCACCGCCUAAGUUUCCGCUUCCAUCGUUGAACUCAGCAAGGCCCUCACAUAUGGAUCUCUUGCCGAACUUGUCUUUGAGCACAAAUAUGGAUCACCCUAGUGUUCCCUUUGAAGAGCUGCCGAAUGUCCCACUGGUGCCACAUUUCAGGCAACAGUUGAAUGAUUGUCUGAAGCUAAAGCAGCAAGCGAUGGAGCUACCUUCAAUGCUUGGUUUAAGUCAGAUGCAAACCACUCAUAAUUCAUUGCCCGAAAAUCACAAGAGAGUUCUGGACAGUAUUAUGAUGAGAACUGGCUCUGCGAGAAGUAAAUUCUCAAAGAAGAGAGUAAAACUAGAGGUGUGGUCGGAAGAUGAACUUGAUGCUCUUUGGAUUGGUGUGAGGAGGCACGGGCGGGGUAACUGGGAUUCCAUGCUAAGAGACCCGAAAUUGAAGUUCUCAAAGCACAGAACUCCCGGGGAUUUAUCAUCCAGGUGGACUGAAGAGCAGCUGAAGAUUUUCGAUGGGCCAACUUUCAACUCAUCAAGAUCAUCCAGACCUCCGUUGUUGCCGGGGAUCUCUGAUGGAAUGAUGACUCGAGCAUUGUUUGGCAGUAAAUUUGCUAGUCUAGGCGCUGAUCCUUCUAAGUUCCGCUCGCAUCUGACAGAUAUCCAACUAGGCCGUGGGGAUUUGAAUUCUUCCUUUCUUCCUAUUGACUCGGGCAAUCAUUUCAGUACAGUAAAUGAGAGCUUCCUCUCUGCUCCGUCGUGGCUUCCCGAAAAAUCCAACUUUUCUACUGAUUUUGGCAUCGGAUCAUCUGAUCGACCUGGAAACUUAAAUUUGCAUGCUGAUCACCAGUUUGACCUCAAUCCAUUUGCAGCAGGCAAGAAUUUUGUAUCUCCAAACAUGAAUUACUCUGCCAGCUGUGAUAUACCGAAAAUGGAUGAUCAAGCAUCCACCAGCAAGUACCUCAAACUGCCGAAUUUUCUGGAUAGAUCAUUACAUCCAAUGGCAGAGAACUACAAUACUUAUCACUUUGGUGAAAGCAGUUCUGGAUUUUCGCUUGAUGCACAAAAGAAACAGAAUUUUGGCAAAUCGCCAAUCGAUAAUGAUGCUGCUCCUGCUAGCAGCUCAAAAGCAGACAAACUUCCUCAUUGGCUUCGAGAUGCUGUUAGUCUUCCUCCAACGAAGCCACCGGAGCCCGAGUUGCCACCUACUGUUACUGCAAUUGCUCAAUCUGUCCGCUUGCUUUACGGUGAAGAUAAGCCGACUAUUCCUCCGUUCAUCAUUCCGGGCCCUCCUCUUUUCCAACCGAAAGAUCCAAGAAAAGACCUGAAAAAGAAGAGAAAAUUGCAGAAACUUCGUCAGGUACCUCCCGAGGUUGCAGGAUCAAGCAAGAACUCUCAGCCUGAUAAUUCAGACAUCCCGUCGGCUGGUCCAAAUCCCAGACUUCUAUCCCUGAACCUGAAUUUAACUUCACCAUCCUCACCAUCAUUUGAAAACAAAGAAAAGAAAUCAGUAUCUCCGUCUGUUGUAACUCCGGAAGCUAGUUUCCUGGUAACUGAAACCUUUGCCUCAAAAGAACAGGAAACAACUACUGAACCAACUGGCAAAGAAGUUCCCGGUGAUUUAAAACCCUUCAGCGGAGUACGAAUUGGAAGUACAAACUCACUCAUGGGAUCGUGUGCGGAGACUGCACAGGCCGGAGAUUGUAGCAAGACUAAAACAGAUAUGUUCGGAGAUGAAGAGAAAAAAACCGAUGAGUUAUCAUCAGAAGAAACCGUACACGGUGAUGGUUCAUAGUGAUCAUGUACCAUGAUAUUUUUCGCCUUACAUCAUCAACAUUCAUCUAUGCUUGACCAGCGGAAUGCCAGUUUUGUAGCUCGGUCAGAACAAAUGCCGCCUUGCAGAAAAUACUUCGAGAUCGAAACAUCUUUGUAAAGUUUUCAAAAAGAGAAAUAUAUAUAUAUAAUUAUAUAGUAAGUGUUGCUCAAUUGAAAUUACUGUAUUACAGUUGAACAUUGUUGUUAACUUAUUCAGAUAAAGAUAAUUUUUUUUUCUUCUUUUCUUGAUCA